AUGACGGAACAGAUUAAAUUUAUCGUAAAAGAAAUAAAUCAAACUCUAGGAAGAAAUUAUGAUCUCAUCAAAUUUGAUGGUUUAGAUGAAAAGCAAUUACUGCAGCUGUUGGUAGAUUUGUUGGUGUAUUUUAAAGCUGGUGAAAAGUUAGAUAUUUGUGAAGAUGACACUGAAGUUGUAUCUGUGAGUUUGCUGGAAAUGCUUGGUAACGUAAAAUUGCGUCCCCCAACUGGGGCGGAUCCAACGACAUUUAGAACUCAACUCCUCGCGGGAGACGCUAGAACAAUCCACCAUGUGUUACAUUGGCUUCUAUCAAACAAGGAACAAGUUAAGGACACUGCUUAUUUAGCAAGGUAUUUGAAAAUUCCUGAAAUACCAGCGGAUGUUGUACGUAACAAUACAAUUCAAGACCUCUUAGACGUGUAUAACAAUCUGAUUGGUGAAUUUAAAGAUGUUCACAAGAGAACAAGGCUUCUACGAAAGGAGAGCGCUACGGAAAUUAUAAAUGAUAUCAAAGAAAUGGCGGUGGAGCGAGAUAUAGUGAUUAAGAGAUUAGAAAACGUUCAAGUUCACUUAGCUGACGUCAAUAACAAGGAAGAACUUUUACACGAAAGUAAACUUUUGAGGUUGCAACAGGAACGAGCCAAGGAAUUGGCCUCACAGUUUGAUAGACAACAAACUCAGUUAAAAACUGCGUCUGAUCAGCUGAAACGAUACCUCAACGUAAUUCAUGGACAGAGUGCCAACCCUAAAACGGCUAGUGAUGUCAUUAAACAUUUACAGGAAGAAAUGCAGUUUAAUACUUAUCUGGUCAAAGAAAAAAUGCCACAGGAGAGCAAUAAUUUACAAAAAGAAUUGAAUAUUAUGCAGACCGUCGCUAUGGAACAACAUCCGACACGUAGCGAUUUAAACAAAGUGCAAGAAAAGGUAAUAUUUUAA